CUGAUCGACACCCCCAUUCCUCUCAGCCUUUUUGGUGGUAUUAGUGUUUCUAAAACAGAGCCUCAAGUGGUCCAGGCUGGUACUGAGCUCACUGCGGUAGCAGAGGAUGGCUUUGAACUCCCAAGACUUCUGCCCCUGCCUCCCAAGGGCUGGGGUGACAGGCUGGCCCAUCAUGUGCAGCUGUUCUUGUCUUUCCUGUCCCUUCCUCCUGUCCUCCUCCUUUAUCUCUGUCCUCGUGUUCACAGCAGAGCUGACGGGAGGUCCUCCCACUUCCUCUUUGCCUGCUGUAAUCUGGCUUCUGCUGUCUCUCAGAAACCGAGCUGUGUUCUCUAAAACUGCCCUUGUCCAUCUGUGGACAGAAGGCAUGGGCACUGUGGACCAUCUCGGUCUUCCUCUCCAGGCAAAGUUGGGCCCAUUUUUCAGUUUACUGAAAACUGGAGUGGCCGUGCCUUGGCCUUCCACUUCUGCCCUUGUGUGUGGUGCCCUCUAUUUCGCUACCUGCCACUGCUUUACAUUCUGCAUCUCAUGGCUGACCUGGAAAUGCAGAGGCCUUCCCUGACUUUGAACUAGUAUUUGGAUGGCCUGUCUUCUCCUGUGGUACUGGGAUCACGCCCAGGGCCUUGCUCCGAUCGGGCAAGAGUCCACCUCCAGACACCUCCCAGUCCACUGGGGCUUCUUAUUCCUUCAUUUUUACUCUUGUUCCUUCUCCAUCUGAAAAACCCCAAGUGCAAAACAUGCCACUUACACUACUAUCCUACCCUUACAGGCUCCCAUAUCUCAAAGAUCACCAAGUCCUAAGUGUUCUGCACCAUAUGCAUAUGAUAUAUAUGAUAUGUAUUAUCAUAUAUAUGUCUCUGAAUCAGAGUCUCUCUGACUCUUUUGGUCCCUCCAGGUUUAAAGUCCUCAUCAGUGCUUUUGGAGAUUAUAGUAACAAUGCACGAAUCUCCAUUUUUGUCUCCAGCUCUAGUAUGCUAUGUUAUCAAAAUUGAUACUGCUAGAUCAGAACGUCUGGAGUGUUGCUGUCAGGAUUACUGCUAUAUCAGAAUGUCUAUGGUGUACACAUGCGUGUUGAAAGUGUACCUGUGCAGUGAACACACUCAAAAGGUGUGCAUGUCUAAGAUAUAUGUAUGUUGGUGCAUGUUGCUGCAUGAAACAAGCCAUGUACCGCUACUCUGUUGAUUUUAUACAUGCUGACUCUGUUUAGGAUGCUUUUAGAAUCUGGACUAAAUGAUGUGUCUUCCCAGAAACAUGAUUUGCCCGUAGCUCUCCUGGCUGCCCCCACUGGUUCUAAUGUGUCUUUCACAUAAUUGCCCUCGGGAGGCUAGUUUCCCAAGUGCUCAUCCUGAGCCUGGAUGCCCAAAGCUUCCUUGAGGACAGUUUCCUCUUCCGUGCUUCACACUUCAUAUUCAGUAUUUGAUCAUCAUGAUGAAUGUGAGCCUGAAUUGGGGGGGACAAAUGCCAUUGUCUGACAUCUGAGUUUGUCUUCUUUGAUCCUGAGGGUUUGAUCUUGCCUUUGAUGAUUCUUAUUCAGUUGACUUUGGGCCAGUCAACUCAAAGGGCUCUGGAGAUAUUAACUCAACCCUGAAGAGCACCGCAAAGAUCUUCAGUGCUUCCUCCUGCCUGUGUCGGAGAUAACGGUGGAGGCUUCCCCUCCUCCGGGGUGCAUGGAGCCUGGAAGUGGCCCUCGUGGUCUGAAGGUUUGAGAGCUGCCUGCUGUGGGUCUCCACCUCCUGCUUGGAGGUAGUAGGAGGAGUAAGGAUGUCUGUGCUGCUGCUCCCUUUCGGAUCCCCAGUACUUGCCUGCACUUUUGAAUGCACAGCGAUCUCUUGCUGUUCGUGUGUUUAAAUAUAGCCCUUACCUUGAAGCUCUUUGGAGGUGCUUCCUGUGUAGAAACCAGCAAUGCGGAGAUCAGAGUCGGAUGAAACACAGGAGCAGGGGUGCAGGACGGUGAGAGAGUUUUGUUAUGCAGGCAGGCGUUGCACUCCUAUAAAUUACAAUGGACAGAGAGUGAUGGCAUGGGAUGGGAGUGGUACAUGCCAAGCCUGUAGAACUCGGCUUGAUAUUUAAGUAAAAAGCGAUCUAAUGUCUGUUAUAACUCUUCUGUGGUACAUCUUUUGGAAAAGAUUCUUUUUUUUGUUUCUCAUUUAAGUAAAAUUCCCCCAAGUCAUCAUAUGAGGCUUCAGGUUCUCUUUCAGGACAGUUCUGCUUCAAUUAUACCAGAUAACUCCAAGAUACUUGAAGAGAUGCAAGCAUUCCAAGUUUGUUUUGUUUUUUUUUCUUCCAAAUCUGCUAUUCAGUGGUGGAAUUUCUGGUACUAAAGAAGAAUUUAGUGUAUUAAUUAAAAAGGCAUUUCAGACUUGGCUUAACUGGAAAGCAGAAGGAGGAGAAAUAGGCCUUUCAGACAAUAGCCUGACCUGGCAAGGCUUUCGUUCUACAAUUGAUUGAGACACACACGUUGGAAUCCAAUGUGAGUAAAUGCUGAAAUAUUUCAAGUUUCUUCUCAUCUGCCAAACAGUUAUUUGAGAAUCAACUCUGGCACAGCUGUAAGAAAUGCCCUAGGCACUGAAGGAGUAGGAGAUUGAUGCUCUAAACUGAUUGUGUGUUUGUAUAUGUGAAAUGCCAUUUAAGGUGGAGCUCACAGAGACCUCAACCAACAUUUUAUCUCCACGUUCUUGUAGGUUUCCCACUUUAGUUGCUGUUGGAACUGUUGGCCAGAAGAACUGGAUGGAAGCAGCGGUGGAUGGCUCUGCCAUGUAAGCAGAUAGCCGUAUCUUCCUGGGGAGUACUUUGGAACCACUGACCUGUGACGGCUUGAGACCUCUCAUAAUUGCUCUAUUGAUGGUGAAGGUCUUAGCUGAGGGAAUGCUCUUGUUUUGGACUGGAAGCAUCCAUUUGUACCAGGCAGUGGAGCGACAGCCGUGGUUCAGGCCGCCCUCUGCAAACCCAGGCAAGAACGUGUAGCCAUAAAGCGGAUCAACCUGGAAAAAUGCCAGACGAGUAUGGAUGAGCUAUUAAAAGAAAUUCAGGCCAUGAGUCAGUGCAGCCACCCCAACGUAGUGACUUAUUACACUUCCUUUGUGGUCAAAGAUGAACUUUGGCUGGUCAUGAAAUUACUAAGCGGAGGUUCCAUGUUGGAUAUCAUCAAAUACAUCGUCAAUCGAGGAGAGCACAAGAAUGGAGUUCUGGAAGAGGCAAUAAUCGCAACAAUUCUUAAGGAAGUUUUGGAAGGUUUAGACUAUCUGCACAGAAACGGCCAGAUCCACAGGGAUUUGAAGGCUGGUAAUAUUCUUCUGGGUGAGGAUGGUUCAGUACAGAUAGCGGAUUUUGGGGUAAGUGCAUUCUUAGCAACAGGGGGUGAUGUUACACGGAAUAAAGUGAGAAAAACAUUUGUUGGUACCCCAUGUUGGAUGGCUCCUGAAGUCAUGGAACAGGUCAGAGGCUAUGACUUCAAGGCUGACAUGUGGAGUUUCGGAAUAACUGCCAUUGAACUAGCGACUGGAGCCGCGCCCUAUCACAAAUACCCUCCAAUGAAAGUGCUGAUGCUGACUUUGCAAAAUGACCCGCCCACUUUAGAAACUGGAGUAGAGGAUAAAGAAAUGAUGAAAAAAUAUGGCAAGUCCUUCAGAAAGUUACUUUCACUGUGUCUUCAGAAAGAUCCUUCCAAAAGGCCCACAGCAGCAGAACUUUUAAAAUGCAAAUUCUUCCAGAAAGCCAAGAAUAGAGAGUACCUGAUUGAGAAGUUGCUGACGAGAACGCCAGACAUAGCCCAGAGAGCCAAGAAGGUACGGCGAGUUCCUGGGUCAAGUGGUCACCUCCAUAAAACUGAAGAUGGAGAUUGGGAGUGGAGUGAUGAUGAAAUGGAUGAGAAGAGUGAGGAAGGAAAGGCAGCUGCCUCCCAAGAGAAGUCUCGAAGAGUAAAAGAAGAAAAUCCAGAGAUCUCGGUAAACGCUGGUGGCAUCCCAGAGCAAAUACAGUCCCUCUCCGUGCACGACUCUCAGGGCCAACCCAAUGCCAAUGAAGACUACAGAGAAGGUCCUUGCGCAGUCAACCUUGUUUUAAGAUUAAGAAACUCCAGAAAGGAACUGAAUGACAUACGAUUUGAAUUUACUCCAGGAAGAGAUACAGCAGAUGGUGUGUCUCAGGAGCUCUUCUCUGCUGGCUUGGUUGACGGUCAUGAUGUAGUUAUAGUGGCUGCUAAUUUACAGAAGAUUGUAGAUGACCCCAAAGCUUUAAAAACAUUGACAUUUAAGUUGGCUUCCGGCUGCGAUGGGGCGGAGAUUCCAGAUGAAGUGAAGCUGAUCGGGUUUGCUCAGCUGAGUGUGAGCUGAUGUAUGUCCCCCGCUGUCACCCUCAUCUAUCAUGCCCCACCUCUUCCAGCCCUCCCCCCCCCCGCCUCCUUCUCCCCUCCCCCUCGCUCCCAGUUCCCAACAAAAUAAGAAGAUUGUGAAGAGGCUGGCUUCGAUGACGUGGGAUAAAAAAAAAAAUACUUUUUUACAAACUUAGAGCACUCUGAGUUCUGCUUUCUUCUCCAGCAAUCCACAGUCUGAGAACAGGCACGUGCCGCUGCCCGACGGUUGCCGACUUCUUUCCAGAAAGCUGUUUAAUAUUCUUAGCAGUCUCAAUUUGGAUAGCCUGUAAGAGAGGAGUCUGAAACACACUCAGGUGGUCCUGUCUCUUGCUAACAAAAGGAAUCUUCUACCUGAAGCCUUUUCUCCUUCUAUUGUAUUUCUGUUUAAUACUUUAAUUGUACAUCUGACAAUACUGCCUCUCUUAUGUUGUACUUAGAAAUUAAUAUACUUAUAAAAUUCAGAUUUAUUAGCCAAACUUGAAUUCUAGUUUUAAAACUGACUGUGAAUUUUAUUUUUCAUAUAUUUAUGCUUUCCACACCUUAGCGAUGAGGGAACCAGUUCUCAUCAUAUGCUUCCUGCAGUUGAUCUCUGGUUCUUUAAACCAAAAUUUCAGGUCUAUCUUUGGAGUAUUUGUAACUUCUAAUUUUUGAAAUGACUGAAUUAAGAAUUUGGAUGUUUGCUCUUUUGGUUUGUUUGCCUAAAAUCCAGUCCACAAUCCAGUUGUCUCUUGGGAGAGGGAGGUGCCUUGCAAACUUUCAUAUUACGAAUGUGCCUGAGGCUGCUUUACUCUGGAAUAGUCUCAGAUCUAAAACCUGCACUCCAUAAGGUGGCAUACUUCAAUUUUGCUUCAUACGAACAUUUAGAAUACUAUAAAAACGUUGCCAUUCUGUUAGAUUGUUAACUACACCCCUGUCUCUGAUUUGGCUCUCCUGAGGUGACGGGAUUUGUUAUUUUUAAGGUGAUAAACAUGACAGCACCAGAAUCUGAGUUUUACUUGAAACUCUGCAGAAUACACAGAUGGUGUGAAAAUAAUAGAAAGGGUUUUGUGCAAUGACAAAAGGUAAAAUUGCUGUAAACAUUCAAGAAUAAAUAUUUCCAACCCAAGAACCUUCUGCUUGACUAUGUAUUAUGAACCUAGUGAACGUUAGGAUUUUCAAAUUUGGAGUCUAAACCUUCGAGGAGGUGGGCUCCCGGGAUGGUACCAUUGCUCUUUCCUAGCUAACCCUAGAUACGGCAGCUCUUUAAUGUACUUUAAAAGCAAAUAUAUAUUACUAAGGAAAGAAGUUAUUUAUAAUUGCCUUGUCAUAAUUGUUAAGGUGUUCUAGAACCAUUUGCAUACAGUUUAAUGUAAUUCCAUUCCAUUCUGUUGUUUACACAAUUACUCAAAGAUGACUGCAAAGGUAAAAGGAAAAUAAAAGUGUAUUGCACAGUGCA